AUGUCAGACUUACCUAACUAUAAGCUCUCACAAGAGCAAAUCGAUCAUUUUAUGAGAUAUGGAUACGUGCGUCUACCCGAGUGUUUCUCCCGGGAGAAAGCAACAGAAUGGGCAGGGGAUGUGUGGACUAGACUCGGCGUCUCACCAACGGAUAAGUCUACAUGGACAACCGAAGUUACCCACAUGAGUGAUACCAAGGAAGAACCCGUUAGGACCUUCGCACCCAAGGCAUGGGCGGCCAUCUGUGAGCUUCUCGGCGGCGAAGACCGUAUAGCCACGGAUUCGGCUACUUGGAACGAUGCCUUGAUCGUAAAUCUCGGGUCGGCCGAAACCGAGGGUACUUGGCCCCAUCCUGCUGAUCUGCCGGGGUGGCAUGUGGAUGGCGACUUCUUUAUCCAUUUUCUUGAUUCGCCUGAACAGGCCCUGCUUGUUAUCCCGUUAUUUACCGAUAUAGAGGACCGUGCAGGAGGAACUAUGAUCUGCCCUGAGGGAAUGAAAUAUGUUGCCCAGCAUCUGUUCAAUCACCCUGAGGGCGUGACACCAUACAUGUAUCCCCGUGACCAACAGCCUGUUGGAAACCCCGGGGAUACCCCCUUUUAUUCGGAUAUUAUGAAGAAAUGUAGUGAUUUCCACCAGAUGACCGGUAAGGUGGGCGAUGUGGUGCUUCUUCAUCCUCUGAUGCUUCACUCUAUUUCUGUCAACAGCCUGAGAAAUCCACGCGUUAUCACCAACCCACCAGUCGCCCUGAAACAGCCGUUUAAGUUUGACAGGGAUGAUCCCUCCAAGUACAGUCUUGUUGAGAAGAAGACGCUAGAGAUGCUUGGCAGGGACAGGCUGUCUGGCUGGAAAAUUAAGGGGAAGCGAGGGUUCGUUCUUCCGCAGAGACUGAAGGAUAAAGGCCGUUCGAGUGAGAGUGAGGUAGAAAGACUCAUGAACAUCACCGGACAAACCAUGCCAGCCUGA